UUUGCACAAGGGAUACAGGAACGCUCAUUGAGAGCUUUUCGACGGGUACAAAUACCAUUCGUGCCUUAUUCCAGCGCCCUGCAGCCAGCCCACGGCCUGUAGAUCCUACAAUCGUUUCUUCUGCAGGUCGGCCGCUAUUUGUUUCCGAUUUCCACUCACUCAUUAUGGAAACGGCGAACACUACUGAGGCUUCCUCUUCGAAGCGUGUCAAUCUUGGCGCCGUUGGCAUUGCUAGCAUCUUUGCUGCUUUGGUGGUCUCCAUUCUGGCCCUUUGGCUCAUUGUAGAAUAUCGGAAGAAGUGCAAUCGCCCUCGAACCCUCAUUCCACUUCAUCUUGGGCAUGCGGCGGUACCCAUCCAGUUGACGACCCCUCGACGACCACCGCCUGUUGUUGUCCAUCAUAGCAACACGCAGCUUCACAUCCACUCUAGCAGAGAAAUUUCUUCUCACGCUAACGUGAGCACCGAAAGCAUCGACACUCUCCCAGUUUACGAUGAGCCUCCACCGCCAUAUGUGAUCCUCAUGGACGGUAGUGAUCCUUGCCCUAGCCCCGAUCAGGCACUCGCCCGCGACGGCACUGCCCGAUAUCACGCUUAAAUCCGUAGUAGGUGGGAUGUGAGGUUAUCGCAAUAAUCGACUCCUCAAUGUGGCUUUCGCUAUGUGGCUUAUCAGCACUUCAGCUCAUAACGCCUGUCAAGACUGAAAUGAAACCUUUGCUCAACAUUCCUGCGCCGCUACCCGUAGCGAACGUCCACCCAUAGCUGUCAAAAAUCGCUACUACACCAAGAAAUUUCUCCGAA